AUGGUCUUCAAGCCCUUCAAGCCUCCUUUGAUCAGGACUGCAACUGAGACCAGCGAUCACGAGCCUCUCACUAAAAAGCCGCGCCUGCACAAGGAGGAUGCCGCCGAGGCAGUCAGUCAGCGUGCAAAGCCCGCGCCGGGACCACGAAAACCGCUACUGCAAGUGAAGAACGUUGGGAAGGACGGAACAGAUUCUACGGAUGUUGCAUCGAGGCAUGGCGCACCUGGCGAGAGAUACUUUAAUGUCCUGUGGCGCAAACCGAGUGUGAAAAAGAACAAGACGUGGGAUGGAGAUGGGAUCCUCUCCGCCCGGGGGGGUUAUGUCUCUUUGCGGGACGUUGGAGGGAAAGACAUGGGACGCGCGAUGUAUGAGUCGCGUCUUGAACCGGGAACUAUGAUGUAUAUCGGUGGAAAGGAGGUCGAGAUCAAUUCUGAAAUCCCCCGCGCAGAGUACCUGUCUGGGAAACUGUUCUUGGACGGCGCCAAAAGCACUCCUGCUCCAACCCCGCCAAAGAGGCAGUCCCUUUUGAAGAAAAGCGAGAGCCGCAAUUAUUCUCCCAUACUCGCUUCAUUAAAAUCAAGCCAGCCACUCAAGCGGAAUGGGUCGACAUCAGGAAUCAGCAAUGCAGCAGCAAAUGGAGCGCCAUCAUUCGCGGCCUACAAGAAACCCCUGCUCAAUGAUACAGUGACUCCGCAAUCCACCGUCAAAGCGGUUCCUCGUCAUGAUCCCAAGGCGCCCGGUGCCUUGGUUAUGCCAAGACUUCAAUCAGCUCCCAAGGGAAAACAAGUGGUCGACGUGGUUGUUGAUCCUUUACUGUCGAAAAAUCUACGAGAACACCAGCGCGAAGGGGUCCGGUUCCUCUACGAGUGCGUCAUGGGGAUGCGGUCGUUCAACGGCGAAGGCGCCAUUCUAGCAGAUGACAUGGGACUGGGUAAAACGCUGCAAACCAUAGCAUUGCUGUGGACUCUGCUGAAGCAAAAUCCGGUCUACGAGGAUCCUCCUGUCAUCAAAAAAGCCCUGAUCGUCUGUCCGGUCACCCUCAUAAACAACUGGCGAAAGGAAUUCCGCAAGUGGCUCGGGAAUGAGCGCAUUGGCGUCUUUGUCUUUGAUGACAAUAGGAAGCGCCUGACCGACUUUACGAAGGGUCGAGCUUACAACAUUAUGAUCGUUGGGUACGAGAAACUGAGAAGUGUGUACGAAGUCCUCGCCAAAGGCGCUGGCGUCGACAUAAUCAUCGCAGAUGAAGGGCACAGACUAAAAACGCUGCAGAACAAGAGCGGUCAGGCUAUCCAGUCGCUGAAUGCUGCAAAGAGAGUCAUCCUCUCUGGCACGCCCAUCCAAAAUGAUCUGAGAGAAUUCUUCGCAGCAGUGGAGCUCGUCAACCCAGGGAUACUGGGCACAUUCAAGGCCUUUAUCCGCGAGUUUGAGGCACCAAUCGUGCGGAGCAGACAACCAGAGGCCACCGAAAAAGACAUUGAAAAGGGCGAGGCGCGCAAUGAGGAGCUGAGAGAGCUCACGUCCAAGUUCAUACUACGCAGAACAGCAGACGUGCUAUCCAAGUAUCUGCCGCCGAAGUCGGAAUACGUGCUCUUUUGCAAACCAACCCGCACUCAAGCGAAUAUCUACCAGGCCGUGCUUUCCUCGCCUAUCUUUCAGUCUGCCAUCGGCAAUGCAGAAAGCGCCCUCCAACUCAUCACUAUUUUGAAGAAGCUCUGUAACAGUCCGUCCUUGCUGACUGCAAAGAACAACAAUGGCACGCCUAGCGAAACCAUCGCCUCUCUUAUUUCAUCGCUUCCCCCGGGCAUGCUCCGCCACUUCUCCCCAUCCGCAAGCGCUAAAAUUCGAGUGUUGGACCAGCUACUUGACACACUACGGAAUACCACAUCCGAAAAGAUUGUUCUAGUCUCCAACUACACCUCAACGUUGAACCUUCUCGCCACGCUUCUGACGUCCCUCGGUCUGCCCUUUCUACGUCUAGACGGAAGUACCCCGGCACAGAAGCGUCAGGGCCUGGUCGACGAUUUCAACCAUCAACCAGCUAGCGCCUGCUUCGCAUUCCUGCUGUCAGCCAAAGCAGGCGGCACCGGCCUCAAUCUCAUCGGCGCGAGCCGUCUCAUUCUCUUCGAUGUAGACUGGAACCCGGCAACAGACAUCCAAGCUAUGGCGCGCAUCCACCGUGACGGCCAGAAACGUCCCUGCCGAAUCUACCGCGUGCUCCUUAAGGGCAGUCUGGAGGAGAAGAUCUGGCAGCGGCAGGUGACCAAGCUCGGACUUGCGGACAGCGUCAUGGAGCAUAAGAAUAGCGUGGCUCAAUUCUCGACUGCCGAGCUGCGCGAUCUCUUUCGGCUAGACCAGGAGAGUGAAUGCCAGACGCACGAUCUCUUGGGCUGUGACUGCGGCGGCAAAGGCGUGUCUGCGACUUCUUCGGGUGCGGAUACACCCAACAACAACUCCGGUAUGAGUGAAUUGAGUGACCUCUCCGACGACGAUGAAGACGACCUAGAUCGCCCAGACUUUCCAAACCUCAUCAAAGCCUCCGAAGUCGACAUGGAAAAACAGGAACGCUCCAUCCGCGACAGAUCUCACAGCCGCGCCCAGAGAUCAGGCCGAGAAAGCAAAAGUAAAAAGAGCGGCCAGCAAAAAGACAAGAUGCACCAAUUUCUUGCGCAGUACGCACACCUGGAUCCAUCUCUCCUGGUACACGCUGCCAGCGUCGAAGAAGAAGCAGAGAUCGCCGCCGCGGUCGACGAUGAUGUCCUCCUGUCUCUACUGAAGGAUGAGUGCAAUUGCGUGGACUAUAUCUUCAAGAAGACCAGCGGCGCUGAGUUGGAUGCCGGUCUUUCUGCGCCAGGGGGUGUGUCCGGAUAA